GUUCAAAAUAAUGAAUAAGUAUAGAGGGCGUUCUGCUACAAUAUAUAGCGCGCCCUCACCGAUAUAUAUUAUAGCGUCGGCCAUUGGGCAUCGUCAUCUUUUUCUUAUUUCGUAAACGAGAAUUUAAAUGACAUUUUGAUGGCAGAAUAUCAAGGAGACAGCGAGCAUCAUCCCGACAUGGGCGAAUCAGAAGGCUUUGUUAUACGUGCCCGUGGACUCCCAUGGGCUUCCACAAUUGAUGAUGUUUUAAAUUUCUUUGAAGGAUGUUCAAUAGUAGGAGGCAAGGACGGCGUUAAGUACACUUUUACCCCAGAAGGCCGAUUUAGUGGUGAAUGUUUUGUAGAGUUUGAGGGUAGUCCAGAUGUUGAACACGCGCUGAAAAAACACAACAACUCAAUGGGAAAGCGAUACAUUGAAGUUUUCCGAUCAAAGAAGAGCGAGAUGGAUUGGGUUACCAAACGAAGUGGUCUGCACUCCUUAAAAGAUAAUGAUGGUUGUGUCAGACUAAGAGGCCUACCGUUUGGAUGUUCAAAGGAAGAGAUAGCACAGUUCUUCAAUGGGUUGGAGAUCCUGGCGAAUGGGAUAUCACUGCCGACGGACUACGAGGGGCGGAGUACGGGGGAGGCUUAUGUGCAAUUCUCUUCGAAGGAGAUUGCUGAAGAGGCACUAAAGAAAAACAAGGAAAAAAUUGGGCACAGGUACAUUGAGAUCUUCCGUAGCAACUUAGAUGAGGUGCGUCGUUCAACAAUGCCCAAGCCAAGGCCUCUCAUGAGCAUGAGACCCACCCCUUACAACCGGUAUGGUGGUGGUGGAAUGGGUAUGGGUGGUGGAGGGGGUAUGAGAGGCUAUGGUGGUGGUGGUGGCCAACGCUCAGGUUUUGAGAGACGGUACAGAGGAGGAGGUGGAAACAUGGAUCGAUUUGGAGGUGGAUAUGAUGACGACUAUUAUGAUGGUUAUGGCGGCGGUUACGGUGGAGGCGGAGGUGGAAGAGGUAGAAGAGGUGGUGGUGGAGGAUGGGGAGGAGGAGGCUAUGGAGGUGGUGGUGGUGGUGGACGUUUUGGUGGAGGUGACAGACAAAGUUAUGAGAGUUCGACUGAUCAUUCUGUACGUCUGAGAGGUUUGCCAUUUGAAGCCAAGGAGAAAGAUAUUACUGAGUUUUUCAGAGGCAUUGCCACACCAGUCAGGGUAACCAUCACAGAGAAAUAUGGCCGACCGUCGGGCGAAGCACACGUUGACUUUGCAACCCACGCUGAUGCUCAGCGAGCUAUGGCGAAAGACAAACAGUACCUUGGACCGCGCUACAUUGAACUGUUCCUCAACUCUAGUGAAGGUGGUGAAAGUGGUGGUGGAGGAGGUGGUGGUAAAGGAUUCGGCGGCAGCAGUGGGGGAAGCUACAGUCGUGAGUUUUCUAACGGAGAAAACAGCAGCAGUAGGGGUUUUUCAGAUGACUUCGGAAGUAGUGGUGGUGGUGGAGGUUAUGGAAAUAGUAGCAGCAUGAUGGAUGCACCAUCUGGAGGUGGUUAUUCAUCAGGUUAUGACAAUGACAGUGGUUUCCAAGGCAAUUCAGGCGGUAUGGGAUCUAACAGUUUCUACAGCUCUGGAGGCAGUGGCAUAGGUGGUGGAAAUAACAUGAUGGGUGGCAGCUAUGGUUUCUAAGCCAAUUGUUUACUGAAUUUCUGUGGGUGACAUGCACAGUCAAUUGAGGUGUUUUUAAUUGUUCUAGGCUGUAUUGUGCACUGUUAAGUUAAUAAGAUGGUGCAAUGUAUAAAUAGCUACAGCCGUUAGUGAUUCAAUGUUUUAUUUCAUAUGUAGAUGUUCAUUGCCUGCUGGAAAUCACAUGAAGAUCCUUUUUUAUUUGUAUAACUGAUUGUAAGACUGACAGAAUGUGAUGUUCUUUAAACAAUUUUGUUAAGCAAGAGUAUGUUUCGUUGUAAUCAAAUCAUAAUGUUACUUCUAACCAAAUUUUUAUAUAUUAAAACAAACACAGCACCUAAUUUGGAUACUGUAUUUUGUGUUGGAAGUUUCAGUUAUAUUUUUUAUCUAUUUUAUAAUACUGUAGUUAAAAUAUAAUACCAGGGGCGGAUUGCUAUAAGCUGUCUUGAGACGGUGCUAACAUUUAGCUGGCUAUAAUCGUGACUUCACUACUUCACCAUUUCUACACCGUGGUCUAACCAGUUGGCCGUCUUAAAUUUUAAAGCCUACUCGGAGGAGGAUUGAUAACGUCUUAAAUCAUUUUCGUCAUAGGUUUACAAGUACUAGACCUAGAUCGUAAAAGGCCAAGAAUCAAACAAAUAUUCCGCAAGCUUCUAAGCAUCUGUAAAAACCGUCAACGUUUAUUUAUGUUUUGAUGCAUGUACAUGUACAGCAAGCGUGACGUAUGUGUAACUGCGCCCUCAAUUUUAUGUUACCAAGGAGUGCUUGUUUUGCGUUUCAAUAAUCAAAGCAGUCUAAGCAAAGACUUAGUAAGACCGUUUAAGUGAUAAAAGCGGGCUUUAUUCUAAGAGUUAAGACUACUUGUACUGUACAGUAUUUACAUUAAAAUGCAUGAAAUUAAAAUGGUACAAGACACCUCAUCGAAGUUGAGUAUCCGACAAUACAUUCAUGUUGUUACAUAGUUGAUUAAGCCUUUUCAGGGUCAUUAUUGACAUUGUUUUUUAUUUUUAGCCAUUUCAAACGUUAUUGAUUUAGUGUCAGUAGUAGUGGUAAUAAUAAUACUGUAAUAAGUACAUAAACAAAUUUAUGCACAAUUCAGUGCAGUAGGUAAGUUUUGUAUGUGUAAUUUAAAGUCUCGUUAUCCUAGUAUUGUGGCAGCAAUAUAAUGCCAGUACAUGUAUUGUCAUUAUAAUGGAACGUACCAACUGUCAAACGAUCAUUAACAUUUUACAAAAUAAAAGAAAUCUAGCUA